AUGGUUGACACCUACAAGCUUGGGGACAACAAUCGCAAUUCAUAUUAUGUGAUUCACGAUAAGACUGAUGACUCAUACUCGUGCGAAUGCAAACUUUUCGGUAGGCAGGGAUAUUUGUGCAGCCAUAUCUUUUUUUUGUUCAGGAACAAUGAAGUGAAAAAAAUUCCAGAUAAAUACUGCGAAAGCAGAUGGAUGAAGACUCCGUUAGCCAAUGCUGUACAUGGGGAGUUUGAUGAUGCCCUGCCUACCAGGUCCAUCGUUGACGAUAGGCAAACUGCUUCAAAUCAAGGGAUUUCGAUGUUUUAUGGUUUUCUUCAACGAUUUGAGACGGACAUUGAAGUGCUUCGUGCAUUCGUAGGUGGUGUAGGAGAGCUUGGUAAUUCUCUUCAAGCUGGAACUCCUACAAUGCCCACCUCUGAAAAGAGGCGAAUGAUUGAAGAGUUCUAUGGUAUGGUAUGGCCUGAAGUAGUUGAGGUCUAUCCUCCGGAUGUUGUCAAGACCAAGGGCCACGCUAGCAGCUCAGCGAGCCGUCUGAUUUCCAAGAGAGAAAAGACUAUAAAGGAUGCUACUAGGCCUCUUAGACGGUGUAAGGCGUGCGAUGAGAUGGGCCAUCACGACUCUAUAAAUUGUCCAAUGCUUAAAGAGAUGGCGAUGGAGAAAGAGUUGCGGAAGGGCAAGAGGCAAGCUUGA